AGCUGAUCACGUGCAGUGACUGUCUCGUGACAUCAUUGGAUGAACACAAGCUGUUGAUCCUCCUUUGUUGACGUGGGAUUCACCUCCACCAUAUCCCUAAAUUCACUUCUCUUUGUUGUGCUGAGACUCGAGUGGUGUAUAUAGUCAUGAUCUGAGAAUUUACUUCCGGAGUUCCCUUGAUCACCAUCGUCUCAGACUCCCUGAGCGCCUAAGCACCUGAGCAUCUCAGCAUCCCAAACCAGCGUGACCCUUGGAAUAAGUAGGUAGCUUGAUCAGGGACUAUUAACCCACAGACAAACAUGGGCUCCGCAAUCUCGUCGUUCCUAGGGUCUCUUCCCCCCUUGAGAGACUUCAUCCUCCCCAGUCCCCAGGCCUACACAACCCUGCUCAACGUAUUCCAAUACUUUCCAGUGCUCUCGCUCGUCCAAUGGGCUGUCUCCUGGCAUCCAGCAGGCAAAGGCUCCUACCAGAGAUCCUGGCUGAACAUCCCAGGCAAACUAGGCUGGUUUCUCAUGGAGAUCGUGGGACCGGUGAAUCUGCUCUACCUCCUUUACAAAUUGCCGCCAGCGCUCAACAUUACCUCGCUCCCACUAUCUAAUAAGCUCGUUGCGUCCCUAUAUGUAAUCCACUACGUCAACCGCGCCAUCAUCUCGCCAUUCUUCGCGGCCCCCAGCAUGUCCCCCAUGCAUGCGUCCGUCGUCUCCAUGGCGGUGCUGUUCAACUGGCUCAAUUCGACCUGUCUGGCCGGUUGGCUGGUGGGAUACCACGUCCCGGUGCUGGGGUACAAAACCGACGGCGCCGUCUCCGGCGCUCCGGGAGGGUCGUCGCCCUACUCCGCCGCAACGCACUUCCUGCCCUGCCUGGGCAUGGUCCUCUUCGCAGCCGGCAUGAUAGGCAACAUCCACUCGGAGCGCACGCUCUUCCGUCUCCGCCGCCAAGCAGCCGAGAAGCGCGACGCGGCCAAGAAGUCCAACGAGGAUAUCACCCAGGAUGAAAACGAGGACCAUCCGACCUUCAUCCAGGCAUCGUCCUCGUCCUCGUCCUCGUCCAGGGACGCGAAGGCCAACGCCAACGCCAACGGCAAGAAGAACAAGUAUGACAAGGUCUACGUCAUCCCACCCGCCCGCGGCGUCUUCCGCUCCAUCCUCUACCCGCAUUACGUCUUCGAAUGGCUCGAGUGGCUCGGCUUCGCUCUCGUCGGCACGGCCGUCUUUCCCGCCGCUCAGGCACUCGCCUAUGCCUCGCCGCCCUUGCAGAUUGCUGCGUGGCUGAAGCCCGCUGCGGCGUUCGCGGAGAAACUACAGGUUCCCCUGCCUCUUCCGGCGGUUGUCUUUGUUGUUAAUGCGGUUGCUAAUAUGCUACCUCAUGCGCGCUGGGGGAGGAAGUGGUAUGUAGAGAAGUUUGGGGAGAGGGCGAUUGCGGGUCGAGGGGCUGCUGUUCCAUGGUGUCCGUGGCUGUGAUCGGGAUAUGGGCUUGUGAGCAUCUGCGAUGAAAGCUCAAAGAUAGGACCUCAUCUCUCAUGAAUAGUAUGACGCCACGGCAUCGCUAGUUACUUUAGUGGAGAUUCUUCACAUCACAGCCGGUUGCUGCGGUACAUGCUUUUCACGAAUAUUCUCGUAUCCACAGACCUUAAGUCACCAUCUACAAUGUCUACUGAGAUAGAGAGAUAUAUUGGAAGUUGCCUUUCAUUUGAUUAGGCUCUAAGAGGUAGACCUGAAUCAGCACCUCCAGUGUCAUGUACAACACAUUGUUGAAAUAUUGAAGAAAAACCAUCAGCG